AGCUCCUCAAGGUUCGAACCCUACUUGCGCCAACAAUCUAGCAUUACCCAUUCACUCUGUUCUCUCUCGCAGUCGCUGCGAGGUUUUAACAGCAGGUUCUUAUUUUUUGCUGAGAUUCAAGUAUGGGUAAGGAGAAGGUUCACAUCAACAUUGUGGUCAUUGGCCACGUCGAUUCUGGCAAGUCGACCACCACUGGUCAUUUGAUCUACAAGCUUGGAGGCAUUGACAAGCGUGUUAUUGAGAGGUUUGAGAAGGAAGCUGCUGAGAUGAACAAGAGAUCCUUCAAGUAUGCCUGGGUGUUGGACAAGCUCAAGGCUGAACGUGAGCGUGGUAUCACAAUUGACAUUGCCCUGUGGAAGUUCGAGACCACCAAAUACUACUGCACUGUUAUUGAUGCUCCAGGCCAUCGUGACUUCAUCAAGAACAUGAUUACUGGUACUUCCCAAGCCGACUGUGCUGUUCUUAUCAUUGACUCUACUACCGGAGGCUUUGAAGCUGGUAUUUCAAAGGAUGGGCAGACCCGUGAACACGCCCUUCUUGCCUUUACCCUUGGUGUCAAGCAAAUGAUUUGCUGCUGCAACAAGAUGGAUUCCACCACCCCCAAGUACUCUAAAGCUAGAUACGACGAAAUUGUGAAGGAAGUUUCUUCCUACCUCAAGAAGGUUGGCUACAACCCAGACAAAAUCCCCUUCGUCCCAAUCUCUGGAUUUGAAGGCGACAACAUGAUUGAAAGAUCCACCAACCUUGACUGGUACAAGGGCCCAACCCUUCUCGAGGCCCUCGACUUGAUCCAAGAGCCUAAGAGACCAUCUGACAAGCCCCUUCGCCUUCCACUUCAGGAUGUUUACAAGAUCGGAGGUAUUGGAACUGUGCCAGUGGGUCGUGUUGAGACGGGUGUUCUUAAACCUGGUAUGGUCGUGACCUUCGCCCCCUCUGGACUGACAACUGAAGUAAAGUCUGUUGAGAUGCACCAUGAAGUUCUCCAAGAAGCUCUCCCUGGUGACAAUGUGGGGUUCAAUGUUAAGAACGUUGCUGUGAAGGAUCUCAAGCGUGGCUACGUUGCUUCAAAUUCCAAGGAUGAUCCUGCUAAGGAAGCUGCCAAUUUCACCUCUCAAGUUAUCAUCAUGAACCACCCAGGUCAAAUUGGAAAUGGUUAUGCCCCAGUUCUUGAUUGCCAUACCUCUCAUAUUGCCGUUAAGUUCUCUGAGAUUUUGACCAAGAUUGACAGGCGGUCUGGUAAAGAGCUUGAGAAAGAGCCCAAGUUCUUGAAGAACGGCGAUGCUGGAUUUGUUAAGAUGAUACCCACCAAGCCCAUGGUGGUGGAAACAUUCGCCACAUAUCCACCACUUGGACGGUUUGCGGUGAGGGACAUGCGGCAGACUGUGGCUGUUGGUGUCAUCAAGGCCGUUGAGAAGAAGGAUCCAAGCGGGGCCAAGGUGACCAAGUCUGCGGCCAAGAAAUCAGGGAAGUGAAUGGUGGGAGUAGGCGUUGGACUUGGCGGUAGUGAAGGCCAUCGCCUUCAUGAUGACUGGAUUCUUAAUAAUAAUAAUAACAAUAACAUAUCUUCUUCUACCUCUUGGGGUCUGUUCUGUCUGUGUCUCGUUGGACACGUCUUCAAGGUUCCUCCGUCGUCCCUGAGCAGCUUCUCGCAGAAUUGGGUGCUUGACCGGCGGUGGCAACGUCUCCUUUUCUAGCUUUUUAUCUUAUUUUUUUCUGUCUUGCUAAACUGCUUUUAUUUCAGUUUUGUUUUAAUUUAAUUUAAUCCAUAAUAUGGAUGGUUUAUGUUUUUUUAGUAUUUUAAUUAUUUGAAUCUCUUGGUUCAGUUCAUUAGAUUUGAAAUCCAAGGA